AUGCGCGAAUCUCGCCUAUCAGGCAUCGGCCGUCGCCGCUGUCAAUAUGCAGACCAGCAAGCCGGAGAUGUGUCUGGAGCAGCGGAAUUACAGCAUUCGGACAUCAGUAACCAUGGAGCUCCCAUGCCAGAAGCCAACCAGCCGUCUGCCGGCGGUACUGAGCGUCAUGACAUACCUCACAGCAAUGUCUCGUCGCAGUCGGUCGCAAUUCACGAAAGCUCGCUCGAGUCGUCGCAGUCUUCGCAAUCAUCGCUGGCGAACGACUGGUCCUCCGCGCAUCAGUCCGAUCCACCGCGAGAAACUGCAUUGUAUAGAGCAGGUACCUUCGCAAAUCGUUCAGAGGACCCAAUAACCCCGCGAUCCGCGAGCGUAACAAACUUCAGUACCCCAUCUGCUGCGAAUACAGGCAUUACAUCUGAUGGCGGAAUCAACGGCGAGCAGUCACAUCCUGGCGCAUCUGCCGCGUCGAGCAGCAGCGGUGGAGAGAAGAGCCUUGCCGAGGCGGAAGCAUCGGUCGCAGGGACGAGCGAAGCAGCGACGAUUGCGACAGUGCCUGGUGAAGCGGCAGCGGUAGUGAGAGCCGCAAUUGAUAAGGUGGAAGUGGGAGCUGCGGAUGGUGUACCGGGUGGGGAAGGCGUGGGGGUUCAGCUGCAACAGGCGCAGGGGCAGCUGCAGGCGCAGCUUCAGGAGCAGUUGCAGUCGCUGGAGAACCUGCUGUCGCUGCUCGGAUUAGGCGUCGCUUCUGCUGCGAAUUCGCGGGGCUCUGCGGAGCCGGGGGAAGAAUGGGGGGAUGGUGGAAGCGGAACGGCGGAUUGGGGUGGUGGACGAGAGGAGCGCGCGCGUCGGAAAAGAGAGGAGCUGGCCAUGGCGCGUGCAGCGAGCAGGCUAAAGCGGAAAAAUAUUGGAAAGAUGGACUAUGAUGCGCGUAACAAUGGACCUGGCAGUGGCGGCAGCAGUGGCGCCAUGGGUGACAGUGGCUGGAGCGACAGUAGCAGUGACAAAGAUGCGGCAUUAGGGUUCACUGGCACAGGGAGUCAGCCGUUAUCGAGUCGUCCCUUAGAGAAUCGAAGUAAGCAGUACCAAGACGAUCCUGCUAGUCAUCAAUCUUCCCCCCUCGCGUCUCCCACCUCUAGCGUUUCUUCGUCCGCCUCUUCCUCGUUCGCGUCCCCCACGGGCGCGGAAGCAGGGGGCGCGGAGCGGAAGGUUCUAGAGCGCGCGGUGGUGGAGAUGGCGCUGCUGCAGGAGGUAUCGCGCGGGGGAAUCGAGGGCUCGACUCUGGAGGAAGAGUGGGGGGAGCUGCGCCAGGCCGUCAGCCAGGACCCGCAGCUCUCGCGACUCUAUAACGAGUACGCGCGCGACGCGCUUCUGGCGCGGGAGGAGCGGCGGCGGCUGGAAGCGGGCGGGGGGAGGUGGAAGGUGGACGCGCGGGGGAGGAGGAUCAGGAAGCGGAGACGGGGACGGAAGGCGGAGGCGGAAGGGGAGGAGGGGAUGAGCAGCAAGGCGCGGACGGAGGAGAGGCUGCGGCGGUGGAGGGCGGGGGUGGUGGCGGCGGCGACGCAGAGCACAGUGGUGGAGGUGGCGACGAUGGUGGUGCUCACUGUGCUGCCCAUUGCGGCGGGCGCGUAUGUGUAUGUGAACGUGCAGGAGUGGCUCAAGGCCGUGGCACCUCAACCUGCUGUCGUGGAGAAGGAACCCUGGUGGAUGCUGUUCGGCCCAGCGGCCAGUGCAGCGGGCACGGUGUUUGGCAUGGCAGGGCUGGGCUUCGCAGCCAAGACAGCAGCAGCGGCGCCAGUGGCCGUGGCAGUGGUGCCGCAGAUGGACGCCCUCUGGCGCUCCUUUGGAGGCGCUAGCCUGGUGGCGCUGUACUGGCGCACGCUGGUGUUUGGCAAGACCUUCCGCAGCAUAGAGUGGGACCUGGAGGCAUACGAUGCGCCCAACGGCAACAUGAAGUCCAUCACCAUCCGCGUGCCCUCCCUCGUCAGUCUCACACCUCCACUUCUCACCACUCCACUACCGGAACAAUGCCUUGAUAUCCAAUGCUUCCUGGUUCUUCCACCACUUUCCCUGUGCCUCACCCGUCUCCACCCUCCCUGCGACUCUUCCCCUCUGGUCUGGCAGAACGCAGUGCGCACCAAGAUAGCGUUGGCGAACGGGCUUGCGGGCGCCAGUGAGGUGCAGCAGCUGGCGCUCUGGAUCCCCAACUCGGGGGACUUUGUGGUCAGUGCCUCUCUGCACCACCUCCCACCCAGCUCCACACAUUGUGUUGCAUCAGCCCCUUUGCUUGUCUCCUUCACUGUAUGUAUGUUCCUACCACUCUGUCUCCAGCUUGCCUAG